AUGUCGACGGUGGUGGCUCAGCCCGUGGCUAUCUUCGGCUGCCGGCCGCGGGUGGGCGGCGGCGUCUGCUUCUUGGAGGAUCACGUCGUGCUGCACGCGGCGGGGACGGGCUGCCUCCGGCUCCAUCUCGAGCAGAAAUGGCACAAGUUCAUCCCAGGCACCGAGAAGAGCCGUGGUGUGCGGGCUCUGGCCAUCAGCUCCAGUCGGCAGUACUUGGCCGUCUCAGAGACGGUGGUGGAGCAGCCGGUACUGACCGUCUAUGACCUGUCGUCGGAGCUGGUGCGGCGGCGGAAGACGCUGGUUGCCGCCGAGCUGCCGGCGCCGGAGGCGGUGUCCCUGGCCUUCUCCCCCGACUGCCGCUACCUGGCGGCCGCCACGGCCCCCCCUGAGGGGUACCUCACCUAUUGGUUCUGGGAGAAGCAGCGGCUGAUGGCGGCAGUGCGCGUCGAAGCCCCGUGCCCUGGAGUCUGUCAGGUGAGCUUUAGUCCUCAAGACAAUACAGAAGUUUGUAUCACUGGAAACGGCUUUUUUAAACUUUUUAAGUAUAGUGGAGGAACUUUGCAGCAGGUGAAUUUAGAAAAGGGAGAGCCACAAAACUACUUGUGCCAUGCCUGGCUGUCGGAGGAGGAAGUUAUAUGUGGUACUGACACAGGCAAACUUAUCUUGUUUGAAACUGGAGAGCUGCGCUGGGAGACAAGUGUACAGUAUAAAACCCCACCCAGAGGUGCAGAAGAUGCAACAACAAAAGAAUGUGAAAGUUCUUCUGAUGUCUCUUGUGAACUGGCCUCUGAAGAUCCUAAUCCACAACAGGAUUCUUUGCCUCAAAUAUCUGCAAUUGCAGCUUAUUCCAAAGGCUUUGCAUGUUCAUCUAGCCCAGGAGUUGUUCUUCUGUUUGAGAAGACCAAGGAAGACUACAAGGAGAGGCAGGAAAUCUGGCUUCCUCAGGACCUGUUCAGCAGUAGGCCAAAAAAGUCAGGCAGACAGGACAUCAUAUGUAUAUGCUUCAGCCCCUCUGAGGAAACAAUAGUCGUUUACACAAAUAAAAACCAGCUUUACAUGUUUACUAUGCUCUCCACUGAUCUUAUGAAGGAGAAGGCAGCUUAUUUUGUGUAUCUGAAUUUCCCACUGCAUUCUGCUUCCAUUACCGGUCUGGACAUUUGUAUUUGGAAACCCAUUCUUGCAACUUGUUCCUUGGAUAGAUCUGUCCACAUCUGGAAUUACAAGAUGAACACUGUGGAGCUGUAUAAGGAAUAUCGGCAGGAAGCAUACACGGUAUCACUUCAUCCCAGUGGCCUUUUCUGUUUGGUUGGGUUUUCUGACAAACUGCAAUUUAUAAGUCUACUAUAUGAGGACAUGCAUGUUUUGAAGGAGUUUGCUGUGAGACAGUGUAGAGAGUGUUCAUUCAGUAAUGGAGGCCAUCUUUUUGCUGCAGUUAAUGGAAAUGUAAUUCAAAUUUAUUCCAGCAUCACCUUUGAGAAUAUUAACAAUCUGAAAGGACAUAGUGGGAAGAUACAUGCAGUUAAAUGGAGUGCAGAUGAUGCUAAAGUUUUCUCCUGUGACACACAUGGUGCUGUGUAUGAGUGGAACUUGUCAAAAGGUAAAAAGGAUUCAGAGUGUGUGCUCAAGUCCUGCAGCUACAGCAGCAUUGCCCUGUCUUCUGAUGCCAAAGUCAUCUUUGCUGUUGGAUCUGACCAAACUCUCAAAGAAAUUUCAGAGUCUUCGAUCCAGCAUGAAGUGCCUGCUUUUGGUGUUCCUUAUACUGCAGUAGCUGUUUCUCGUUCUGGGCACAUGGUAUUUGUUGGGACAUCUCUGGGAACAAUUCGAGCUAUGAAGUACCCAUUGCCUCUGACAGAGGAUUUCAAUGAGUAUCAGGCCCAUGCAGGGGCUGUUACAAAGAUGUCCAUGACAAAUGAUGACCUAUUUCUGCUCACUGCCUCAGAGGAUGGCUCUAUAUUUGUCUGGAAAGUGUUUGAUAAAAGACAUGGGAUACUAAGGAAGCUAAAGGAAGUUGAGUAUGCUGAGGAAGUGCUGAUCAUGAGAUCAGAUAUAGAAGAGAAGAAUCAGGCAAUGGUAGACCUGCAGAUUCGUGUGAAAAAUCUACAGGCAGAAAAUGAUUAUGAGCUGCACUUCAAAGACAUAUACUAUAAUGAAAAAAUAAAGGAAUUAGAAAAGAAUUUCACUCAGGAAAUAGAAUCCCUUAAAAGCAAAUACCAGACUUUACAGGCAGAGAAAGAAAAACAGGAGCUACAACACGAGCUUCAACUGUCUGAGCUGAUGAAUAAACAGGCCAGGGAGGUGCAACAGCUAGAGUCUGACAGUAACCAGAAACUCUUAAAGGAAAAUGAGAAAUAUGAGGAUCUGAAAGUGAAAGCCCAGAGGAUGCAGGAGGAAUACGAGAAACAAUUGCACAAUUUAGAAGAAAGCAAAAGCAGUGCUGUGAAGGAACUAACAGAAUCUUAUGAGGCAAAACUUCACAAGAAAUCUAUUCUGCUGGAAGAGGCAAAAGAAAAUAUGAGGGAGCAGCUCCAAGCACAUGAGGAAAUUACGAAACAAAUGGAAGAAGAUGGAGACCAAGAAAUUCUGGGAAUCAAAGUCAAGUAUCAAAGAUGGCUUAUGGAAGAAAAGGAAUCAAACCAACAACUGAAAGGAGAAAUAGGAAUCAUGACUAAAAGGUUGAAUAACCUACAGGACAAGCUCGCAGAGCGAAACAGGGACGCUGAGAAAAUGAGACAGGAACAACAGAUGCUGGAAGGCAUCAUUAAGUCACUAGAGGAGGACAUCUUGACACUGAAGACAGAGAUUCAAGAGAGAGACAACAUUGUCCAAGACAAGGAGAAGCAGAUAUAUGACCUAAAAAAGAAAAAUCAGGAACUGGGAAAGUUGAAGAUUGUACUGAAUCAAAAAACAGAGGAGUUUAUGAAGCAAAUAGAGUCACGUGAAAAUGAUAUUAGAAUGAUGAAGGAGCAGAUCCAUGAGAUGGAGCGGGACAAGGAACAAUUGCUCAAGGAGACCACACAGUUGAAGCUGAACAUCACACAAAUGCAGCAGAAACUAAAGGCAAUGGAGCACGAGAUGCAAAGACAGAGAGAGAAGAAACAAACUAUGGAAACUCUUGUCAGCCGAUUUAAAACAGAUCUUCAUAAUUGUGUGGGCUUCAUUCAGGAUUCCAAAAAAAUGAAGAAUGAGAUCCGUGAGCUCUACACCAAGUAUGUGGAGCAAGCAGACCUGGCGGAGACUGAACCAGUAGACAUAGACUUGCAGCAGGAGUACAUGAGACAGCGAGAGUAUCUCGAGAGGAAUUUGACAGCUUUAAAAAGGGCAAGGGUGAAGGAUCAGGAAAUACACCAAGCUGCUUACAGGCGCAUCCUGCAGGAAAAUGUGAGUCUGAUUAAGGAAAUCAAUAACUUGCGGCAAGAAUUGAAGGUGGCCCAGAGCCAGGUACAUGACCUCCGGUCAACGCUAAAAUUAGCCAAGAAAAAACAAGCCAUUCAUGACACAGAUCCUGCCAGUGAAGUGCUGCCCAGCCCAGCUGUCCUAAGGCUGAAUGCAGAGAAGGAAAGUGAGAAAAUCAUAGAAAUGCAGCAGCUAGAAAUUCAAUACCUGCGAAGCCAAAUCCAGGAGAAGAGCAAGUCCUUGGAGUUCAGUUUCUCUUAAUCAGAGAUCUUCCAAGGCU